AUGAAUCACUCUGUGAAAGUCGCGGUAAUCGGUGCAGGCGUUUCGGGCCUCGUCGCCGCACGCGAACUCCAACGCGAACGCCACAACGUCGUCGUUUUCGAACAAAACGACCGCGUAGGAGGAAACUGGGUCUACGACCCGACAACAGAAUCCGACCCUCUUUCUCUUCACCCGAACCGCAAAACCGUCCACACCAGCGUCUACGUCUCCCUCCGCACUAACCUCCCGAGAGCACUCAUGAGUUUCCGCGAUUACCCGUUCAUGAGGACCCGAACCGACCCGAGAACGUUCCCGGGUCACGACGAGGUGCUCCGUUUUCUUGAGGGGUUUGCGGGCGAGUUCGGGAUCCGAGAGGUGACCCGGUUCAACACUAAGGUGGUGCACGUGGAGAGAAGAGGGGAGGAGUGUGUGGUUGAGUCUAUGACUCGGGGAUCCGAUUCGGUGACCCGAGAAGUUUUCGAAGCGGUUGUGGUGUGUUCGGGUCAUAAUUCGGCUCCAAUAAUUGCAGAAAUUGCUGGGAUUGAACAGUGGAGAGGGUACCAAAUGCAUAGCCAUAACUAUCGUGUACCUGAACCUUUUCACGACCAGAUUGUGCUUUUAGUUGGUAAUGGACCCAGUGCUUUUGAUAUCUCACUAGAUAUUUUACCAGUGGCAAAGGAGGUUCAUAUAGCAGCUAAACCCAAUCCAUUUGGUGUGAGGUUUGAAAAUGUACGAUACCAUGAUAUGAUAAAAUGUGUGAAUGAAGAUGGCUCUAUUGCCUUUCAAGAUGGAUCAUCAAUUUUUGCAGAUACCAUAAUCCACUGUACUGGAUACAAAUACCAUUUUCCGUUUCUUGAAACCAAUGGAAUUGUAAAGGUUGAAGACAAAUGUGUUGGGCUGUUAUAUAAGCACAUCUUUCCUCCAGCAUUAGCACCUUGCCUCUCCUUCAUUGGUAUUGUCUCAAAGGAGCCUAUCUUCCUUAUUGUUGAAUUACAAUCCAUCUAUGUUUCAAGAGUGUUAUCUGGUAAGAUUCUUUUACCUACAGAAGAGGAGAUGAUGGAUUCUGUUCAAGAUAUCUAUGGAGAAAUGGAGAAAAAUGACUUGUCCAAAAGUUGUGCUCUUUCCCUUCGUCCAUUACAGGAAGAUUACAAACAUUGGUUAGCUGCUGAAGUUGGGUGGCCUCCUUUGGAAGGUUGGAGGGAAGAUCUAUUGGCAGAGUGCUUCAAGAAAUUAAGUGAAUUGCCGGACAAAUACAAAGACCAAUGGGAUGAUGCUUAUUGGGAUACCAUUCUUCAAACUUCAUCUUCUUCCUAA